CUCUUGACUUAAAAACACUCUGCCCUCACUCGAGCUUUUUAAUGGCACACAUUCAGCCACUGUUAGCUGGCUAAAAAUGUUUAUACUCCGACCAACAGCCACCGCAGUUCGGUUUUCGGACAUGGAGAAGUAGUUUUAAACAAAACACGACUGGAGUCGACUAAGUUGAUUUAAAAAAAAAAAAUAAUAAUAAUAAAAAAUUGUUUCCCCCUUUGUUGACACUCGGCGCUGUCAAACUGAGUCGAGGUAACGUCAACAAGAAGAAGAAGAAGAAGAAGAAGAGAAGAAGUUCCAACUUUGAACAAACACGCUCAGUGCAGCACCCCACGCCGACAUUUGUUCCCACUGAGAGAUGGCGACGAGAGGAAACUUGCCGGGCCCGACCAUGAGCCCCAGUUUGAACCCCAUGAACGUCGGACUCGCCGCCGCCUUGAGGAUGCCCGGGAUGCCGCCAGCCGCGGCAGGAUACCCCCGCUCCAUGAGCAGCGCACCGCAGUACCCCCAGCGUCCGGGGUUGCCACUCGGCAGAGUUGCGGGUCCCAUGGGCUCAAUAGGGGGUCAGCUUCCCGGUCCCUCAUACGGUGGCAGCGGCAUGCCCAUGCGGCCCGGCAUGCGGCCUCCUGCGCCCAUCGAUACCUCACGAAAGCGCUUAUUUCAUCACCAGCAGCAAGAGGCGCUAGGAGGACACCGGCGAGGGGCAAAAAGACGCAAGAUGGCCGACAAGGUUCUACCACAGAGAAUCCGGGACCUGGUGCCAGAGUCUCAGGCCUACAUGGAUCUCUUGGCUUUUGAGAGGAAACUAGACCAGACCAUCGCCCGUAAGCGUAUGGAGAUACAGGAGGCUAUAAAAAAGCCCAUUAUGCAAAAGCGCAAGCUGAGGAUCUACAUUUCCAACACGUACACCCCGUGCAAGCCCGAGGGCGACGAGGCAGAGAAGGUGUCCUCUUGGGAAUUGCGAGUGGAGGGAAAACUUCUGGAAGAACCUGGCAAGCAGAAGAGGAAGUUCUCAUCUUUCUUUAAGAGCUUGGUGAUCGAGCUCGAUAAGGAGCUCUACGGACCCGACAACCACUUGGUGGAGUGGCACAGAAUGCCCACCACUCAGGAGACGGACGGUUUCCAGGUGAAAAGGCCUGGCGACGUGAACGUCAAAUGCACCCUUCUGCUCAUGCUCGACCACCAGCCUCCUCAGUACAAACUGGAUCUGCGGCUGGCUCGGCUGCUGGGAGUGCACACGCAGACGCGGGCCAGCAUCAUGCAAGCUCUUUGGCUCUACAUCAAGAACAACAAGUUGCAAGACAGUCACGAGAAGGAGUACAUCAACUGCAAUCACUAUUUCAAGAAGAUAUUUGGCUGCGGUCGGAUGAGGUUCUCUGAGAUUCCCAUGAAACUGGCCGGGCUGCUCCAGCAUCCUGACCCCAUCGUAAUCAAUCACAUGAUCAGCGUGGACCCCAAUGACCAGAAGAAGACGGCGUGCUAUGACAUCGACGUGGAGGUGGACGACCCGCUCAAAACCCAAAUGAGCAGCUUUUUGUCGUCCACCACCAACCAGCAAGAAAUCGCGGCGCUGGAGACAAAGAUACACGAGACCAUCGAGUACAUCAACCAGCUGAAGACCGAGAGAGACUUCAUGUUGAGCUUCAGUAAUAAUCCUCAGGACUUCAUCCAGGACUGGCUCAAAUCUCAGUGUAGAGAUCUGAAGCUGAUGACAGAUGUGACAGGAAAUCCAGAGGAGGAGAGGAGGACUGAGUUCUACCAGGCGCCAUGGAUGACAGAGGCGGUCGGCAGAUACGUUUAUUCCAAAGUGCAGCAGAGAAGACAAGAGCUGGAGCAGGUUCUUGGGAUCCGACUCACCUAAAGAGUGAACUUGUCGCCUUUAUUAACAAUUAGUCCAAGUUCAAAUGUUUACAAGCCAUCCUGACAUUCCAGUAAUAAUUUUUUGGGGGGAAUGAUUAUUAGUUUUUUUACUUCCUGAAUGUUUACUUUUUUGUUUAUGUUAGUAUGUUGUUUGAGGUACAUAAGUAGGAUUGAAACAUUGUGUCUGACAAUCAAUGUGUGUGUAGUUUGUAAUUGCUCAAGCCAGCUCUUCAUUUUUGUUGCACGGGAUCGCUUACGUUUCCUUCUACAUUCCAUGCUCACCAAUGUGCCAAAUUGUUUGUUAUGAAAUGUUGCUUUCUUUUUGUUUUUGGGUUAAAUAUUUGCAUGUUGUUUUAACUUCAAGCAAAGCUCUUUAUGUUUCAUAUGUUUGGAGUCUUUUUUUAAUAAACAUACUGACAAAUGUC